CAUAAUUUUGGCGAGAAAUUGGGUUAUGUGGGUUGCCAUAGGGAAAUCCCAAUUUUGGAAUCUUCCAGAGGAGUUUUUGCCAUUAAAGAAGAUGGAAAUCUUUAUGUCUUGAAUGGUACUGGCGCCACAUAUUUCUCCACACAACUGGAUGUUACUGGUGCCUCUAAGCCACACAAGACUGCAAGCACAUCAAGGCUUUUGGAUUCAGAGAACUUAGUUCUGAUUGAUAAUCUUUCGGGGAAGACUUUAUGGCAAAGUUUCGACAACCCAACCGAUACUUUUCUUCCUGUGAUGAAAAUAGAUGAUCCAAAAUUGAGUCCAGACAUGACACCGCCGCAUUUCCAAGGCUUCGCCAACGCCUCCGGCAUCUUGAACUGGUUCCCGUGAGUUCACAUAUGCAUCCGAAGAUUCACGUCUCGCUUGAAUCCCUUUCCGCAUAUCUCGCAGAAAUGGAUGUACUCCGCUAGCAGCUCCACCGCAUCCAGCUUGAUGAUUUCCCAAUCCUGGCCGCCGGAUCCGCCGCGACCCUAUUCUGGUCAAAGAAAUCGACCUCGAAAAACAGAUGUUUAUUAGUCGAUUUAUGGUCAAUAACUUUGCUGGACACGACGGGGCUAACUUCAUUUGCGGCUUAGGUGGAAGCGAUGAGGGCAGCGCCGUUGACUAUAAUCUGGUGUAUGGCAGUGGCGAUCUCAGUGGACACCAUGCCCAUUUGUUCUUCACAGAGGAGAAUGUGCUGGUGACAGAGGUGGAGAGGAACUUCUGGAGGGAGUCAGUUCUUUCUUGGACGUUAGCAAUGUUCAGCAGCGGAACUCUAAGGUCCUUAGCGCCGUCGCCGCCGACAGCGGCCCUAUGUGGCUUGAUAUUAGGAUGGAGAAGAAGAUCACGUAGGAUUCUACUUGGACUUAAAUUAAAGAUUGUGAUCAACUACUCUGCGCCAAAGGCAUCUUCCGACCGGCGGUCGCGAAAUUGCAACGACCCUGUGCAUCUGGAGGAAGACAUCAUCAAACAACAAUCGAAGUUUGAUUCUGAAAGAUGGCAAGUGAAGACUACGAAUGUAAGAGUAAUAUUUAAAUUGAAAAACGAGUUUGAAUACAAACUUUGAAUUCAACGUAAUCUGUAGUGAUGGGUUUAAGCAUGCAAUUAGAUGAUGUUUUAA